AUGAGCAGCGAGCCACCAACAUUGCCAUCAUCGAAUGACACCAGUUCUUCUACCACUUCUGCGGGUGACACCGGUUCUUCUGUUUCCGGAAGCCCGCCUUCUUCUCCGACUCCAGAAACAGACACUACAACAUCGAGUACAGAAUCCACCUCCACACCUUCCAGUCCUCCUGGUCCUGUUCCUCCUCCUCCUGGUCCUACUAGUCCGCCCACUCCUCCUUCUACCGAGUCUCCGUCCAGUGGUCUUUCAGGCGGAGCAAUCGCUGGAAUUGUCAUUGGUGUUAUUCUGUUUAUCCUCUUGCUCAUUGGUAUUUACUUCCUUGUUAAAUCGCUCAAGGUCCCGGAUGUCCAAUUCGAACCUGAUGAGGAUGAGGGAGAGGAGGAUUACCUUUAA